AUGUCUCGAUCGUUUCUAGUGGAUUCGUUAAUCAGUGAUAAGCCAGCGCCGGUGAAAAAGGCUUUCCCCUUCGUGGGACCCUUCACCCAGUUACCCGUUUCGCCGCCGGCAGCUUCCAUCCCGUACUCGGCGUGUUACGUUGGAAGCUAUCUGUUCUCGCUUGGAUUGCAACAACAACAGCAGCAGCAGCAGCAACAGCAACAGUUGCUUCAACAACAUCCGCAGCCAUUCUACUCGCACAACCUUCCCCACACACCCACCACCCCGCCGGUGGUUCCCUUCUGGCACUCGGAUGUGAAACACGAGCUGUCACCCAAGCUCUACCAACCGACCGAUGUGUCACCGCCGAAGCUUUCCCCCAAGGAGGACUACUACCGGAAGCUGUACCGCAGUGAGAAGACCCCGGAACGCUUCGCCCCCUACACUACCUCGGCACCGUUAGCGAGCGCCAUCAGUAGAAAGUCGGCUGCUCUCGUCAAGCCAGAACCUACCACCAGUUCAACUCUCCAGCCAAACCUACCGUCGGCAGCGAUUCCUUCGACGACACCUUCACCUACUCCACUCGGGGAACCGUGCCAGACCUACGCCAUCGACGAUGAACUAUCGAGCAAGCGCAUUCGGACGGCCUUCACCAGCACACAGUUGUUGGAGCUGGAGCGCGAAUUCGCCGGCAACAUGUACCUGACCCGGCUGCGCCGCAUCGAGAUCGCCACCCGGCUGCGACUAUCCGAGAAGCAGGUCAAGAUUUGGUUCCAGAACCGACGCGUCAAGCGCAAGAAGGGUGAUGCUCCGUUCGGUUCGGAAUUGUCCGGCGGUGCUGGAGUGGGAGAUGGUGCGUCAUCGCCCAAGGAGCAUCAACAUGGGCAGCACUGUUGUUGCCGGGGAUCGAGUUGUGGUGGGGCGACUGGAUCGGACUCGGAAGCCGACCAACCACGCUCUCCUCAGAAUCCGACCGGAUCCAGUUCUCCCGUCGGACGCCAGCAGGAUCAAGCGUGGGACUUUAGCAAAGCCUACCACCACUAA